AUGUCCACAACAUCACUCACAGCAGCAGCAACUACGGUAGUCCCUACGGCUGGUCCAGCCCCUUCAUUAUUCCAUAAUGAGAAGGUGCAGUUAACCGAAGGCGUCCUCUAUGAUGUGUCGGUAGCCUUGCAUAAUAGCACUGUUGCUAAUAUGUUCGCCUUUGCAAGCGACUCCAAGAGGAGUGUGCGCCAUAGCUGCAAGGUAAUGCCCGGAGAUCCCUGGUGGCCCGCGGAUAAGAUUUGGGACAUCUUCGAUAUCUUGCUCGGCGGCAACCUAAUUAAGACCGUGCCCCUGGCAGCCUACUGCUAUCCCGACUGGCCGCAGUACGAUGCCGCUAAGUGCGCAAGUAUUUCGGCUGACUGGCUUAAGUCUGACCUACACAUGGCUGAUUCUACCUCAAUAAUGCUGCCGCUGUAUGAGGGCCGCUCGUGCCUACCACCACCGUAUAGCUAUACUACAAACUGCACGCAGGGCGGCUAUCCAACGUAUGCAGUGAACGUAUCCACCGUUGCUCAGAUUCAGCUAGCGGUCAAUUUUGCCCGUAACUUGAACUUACGGCUAGUGGUUAAGAAUACUGGACAUGAUUUCAAUGGCAAGGCCUCCGGCAAAGGUGCUCUCUCCAUAUGGACGCACUACCUCAAGGAUAAAGAGUAUUUGCCGAACUUUAAGGCGGCCAAUGGCUAUGUCGGGCCAGCGAUUAAGUUUGGCUCAGGUGUCCAAGUCUAUGAGGCUUAUAAGUUUGCUCAGACCCUCGGUCACUCCGUUGUCGGUGGAGAAGGCUUCACCGUCGGUUUAGGUGGUGGCUACACUGCCGGCGGUGGACACUCCCCCCUUUCCAGCCUGUACGGUUUGGCGGCCGAUCAAGUUCUCGCCAUGCAAGUUGUUCUGGCAGAUGGUAGGUUCAUCACUGCCACCUCUACUGAGAACUCGGAAGUUUUCUGGAUGCUUCGCGGUGGGGGUGGUAGCACCAUUGGAGUCGUCACCUCUUUAACAGUGAAGGCUCUACCUCAGUUGGAGACUACUACUGUAACCUUCAAUUUCACGAUCAAAGACACUCCUGGUCCGGAUGCCUUCUGGGCUGCUGUUGGAUUUUACCUCGACAAUUUUGAGACCUUUGUUGAUGCUGGCACCUACGGUUACUUCCACAUCGGUGCGUCGGAGGCCAUGAAUGGUACGAUAUAUGCCGGUGAUACCGACUACUACUUCCGUAUGGCAUCGUUCGUCGCGCCAAACAUGAGUGUUGCCCAGACUGAGGCGCUCUUGGCUCCAUGGUUUGAUGCUCUCAACGGUCUGGAUAUCUCAUACACCCCGUGGUACAACCACGCGGAUAACUUCCAUGAUCCCUGGGCAGUGGCCUUCCCCAAAGAACUCAUUGGAACUGAUGUGGCCAAGACUGCUUCUCGCCUGCUCCCCCGUAGUGUCUUCCAGAGCGAUGAUCUCCGCAACCAAACCUUGGCCGCCUACAGGGACGCUGUCAAUCAGGGCCUUUUCCUUGCCGGCUUCCACAUAAGCGGCACCGGCAUUGCCGUUGGGCCCCCCACAGACAAUUCCGUGCUCCCCGCAUGGCGCGAUGCCCUGUCUCAUACUAUUGUCGGUUCUCAGUGGAAUACUACCUCCUCCUGGGAUGUGGUAAAGAGCUCCUCGCUCUUCGUGACCAAGUGGAUGGAUAUUCUACGUAAGAUUGCCCCAGGCUCAGGCGCUUACAUGAGUGAGGCCGAUCUCCUCGAGCCGAACCUCCAAGAAGCCUUUCACGGAGUCAACUACCCUCGUCUCUACGCCCUCAAGCAGAAAUAUGACCCUACGGGUCUUUUCUUUGCCUUAACUGCCGUUGGUGCUGAGGAUUGGGAGGUCCAGACUGUUGACCCGCUGCCUUACUCGUGGAACAACAAUGGGCGACUCUGCCUCAAAGCAAUGAAAGUCGGAUAA